CACGACUUGGUGAAAUUAUGGUCGUGCAUCUCCUCCUUGGCAACCAAGUGGUGCCAGUCCAUUCUUGAGAGGAGCAUCGCGGUGAUAGCAGGCUGCCUCCCGACAAUCUGGCCCCUCAUAAACAAGAUGUCCCUCGAGAGCAUGGUGCGGACGGUGCGCAGCGCCCUCUCCCUCGAAAGCCUGCGCGAGUCCCUCGGCCGGGCCUCACUGGGCAGCAGGAACAGGGGCGACCGGUCCGGGGCGGUGCCGUCCAAGUGGCAGAAUGGCUCCGGCGGCGAGCUGGACGACCUGGGGUGCUCCAGGACGCAGCUCUCGGACGGCGCGUCCCACGAGGCGCGCUGGCAUGGCGCCAGUCCCGAGCAGGGCCGGGGCCACGGCCACGGUCACGGUCACGGUCACGCUCGGGAGGGCAGCAGGGGCGUCCAGCUUGAUCGGUUCGUGGAGGUACAAGAUGUCGAUGGGAGGACGGUGACGCAUGUGUCUUUGCCGCGGCGCGUGUGA